AUGAAGCUCCUUCUAUUUUUCGUGCUCAUGCUCCUGGCCCUCGUCGAGUGUAGGCCGCCCUGCGAAAAGCCGGACGAGCCGCAGUUUCAACUCUGUGGCUCCAAACUCAUCAAGCGGGUUGAGCAGGUCUGCGAAGGAAAGGUGGAGCCCACCCUGCGAGGCGUUGCCAUCACAAAAUUGUGCUGUGUCGACUCCAAGUGCACGGAAUCGCUGCUCGCCUCGGUGUGCGCGGGAAAUGAUGAGGAAAAGCUUGACCGC